AUGGGUUGCGAUUCCGGCGGAAGCUCGCAACAGAAGGUAGAGAGGAUACAUUCAGCGACGGUCCGAGCUACCAGAAUUUCCGAAAUACGGGAAAAUGAGAACACCGGCAUCCCAUUCCGCAUAUUCGCAUAUUCACUAUCGUUUAUUAGUAUCAUGGUCGAACUCGCUAAGAAAAUAAAGGAUACAUGUAUUCGCCUUGUUACACAGAGGAAAAGCAUUCGCUUGAUUACCCCCGAUCCAGACAAACAGAUCCUAACGCAUUACAUGCUUGAAUAUCUCCUCAAUCAUAACGAUCGAAUCCAGAAUCCACAGGGUUGGUUCUUUUUGGGGAGAGGAUAUCAUGAGAAGUACCGGCCCGACUACGACAAUAGCAUUACGGACACGAUGCAAAAACCCACAUCAAAACGUGGUGUGCUCACGGCAUUUCACGAGAUGGUUUAUCGUGUAAAUAAGUGGAGUACCUACUCUAAGGUGGCGCAAUAA